CUUUUUCAGAUAACAAUACAAUAUAUAUAGAAAUUAUCUCUUUUCUAAAUUAUAUUUUCAGAUUUUGGAUAAUUCUUACUAUUAUUAAUUUUAAUCAAUUAUAUAAUCAAAUAAAUUAAAAUUUUGUUUUUAUUUUUUAAUUUAUUUAUACAUUUUAUACAUUAAGGGUAUAAACAAUUUUAACCAACUUUUAACGGGAGAGCUAGUUUCCGAAAAUUUACUUUGCAAAUAAUAGUAUAGAUAGAUACACAUAAAAUUAUACCGGAAUUAAAAUAAAAAAAAAACAAAGCACAAUACGAAUUUAAAGAUUUGACAACUACCAAAGAUCUUAGCUUUGAUUCAACUCCAAGCUUGUUUUGUUUCUUUCCUUCCCAAGUUUUAUCUCUUAAGCAACCAAGUUCAUGCAUUGCCCUCUAUAUAUAUGAACUGGCUAGCAAAAAGCUUAAGUCAAGUAUUGCUAAACCGGGUUCAAUUCACUAAAACCAAAGAAAAUGCAAGCAGGUAUUGCUAUCCUGGUUUUUGCCGGUUUAAUGGCGGUUAAGACAACGUUUGCAGCACAACAUGUGAUGGGCGGGAGCCAAGGCUGGGAAGAGUCCGUUGACUUUGAUUCUUGGUCGUCCGAUCAAUCUUUCAAAGUCGGCGACCAAUUGGUUUUUAAGUAUUCCGGACUACACAGCGUUGUAGAGCUGGGAAGCGAAACGGCAUACAAGAGUUGUGACCUGGGAACACCCGUAAAUUCCUUAAGCUCUGGAAACGACGUCGUUAAGCUGUCUGAAACCGGUACUCGUUAUUUCGCAUGUGGGACCCCAGGGCAUUGUGAACAAGGUAUGAAGGUCAAAGUCAACGUUGUCUCUUCUGAUUCCACCGCCGUUCCCUCGCCGGGUUCGGGUUCAAGCUCUGACUCGGAUUCUAGUUCGGGUCAUGGGUUACGACGUGCUUCCAUUGAAUAUAUGUUGGCUGUUGGAUCGUUGAUCAUGGGCCUUGUUUGGUCUUUCUGAGGAUUUAGGAGGGGAGAAAACAAAUAAAUUUUCGAGUUAUUAAUUCGUAUUUGUUGUAUUUUGGAUCAUUAUGUAUUUCAGAUUUAUGCAUUUCUGAUUUUUUCAUAUAUUUCAGUUACUUUGGUUUCUCACCCUCUUGUCCACUUGAUUGGUUCAAUUGGAAUAUUCUUUCUUAUGCCAUUUCAUAUGCUAAAAUUUUAUUUUCAACAGUUUUAUAACUAUUUUCAUUUAUUUUUCA